AUGUCUUUUCGAUAUGGCCCUCGUUUUCUGGCCACUCAUUUGACAAUCGUCAAUAUUUUGAUUCCUGUCUCAAUUCUCAUAUUUGCGACCGGCUUUUUUCCGUAUAAACCUGUUCUCCCAGGAUUGGCCGAGUAUGAGACCCUGGAAUAUGGCCCUCCGCCAGCGGCGCCUUUUGAUCGCCUCAUAUUUAUGGUCGUCGAUGCGUUGCGAAGCGACUUUGUAUAUUCGAAUGGAACUGGCUUUACAUACACCCAAGAGUUGAUUCGUGAUGGUGCUGCUCUUCCAUUUACUGCAAAUGCUCGGUCGCCGACAAUUACGAUGCCUCGAAUCAAGGCCAUCACCACUGGGUCUAUCCCAUCCUUCUUAGAUGUCAUUCUGAACUUUGACGAGGCGGACACGUCCUCGACCCUCGCAGCCCAAGAUACUUGGUUGGCUCAGAUGAAGACCAAACAAUCCGGAAAGCUGGUCAUGUAUGGCGAUGAUACUUGGCUCAAGCUUUUCCCAGAGACCUUCGACCGUGCUGACGGCACCUCAAGCUUUUUUGUCUCGCUUCGAAACGAUGAUUGGAGCACUCUGGUAUUGCAUUAUCUUGGCCUUGACCAUAUUGGCCACAAAUCAGGACCCCGAAGCCCACAUAUGGUCCCCAAACAGCAUGAGAUGGACAAUAUUGUCAAGCGCAUGUACCAUGCCAUGGAGAAAAGCGAUCAUAUGUCCUCGGCCCUUAUGGUUCUUUGCGGAGACCACGGCAUGAAUGACGCGGGCAAUCAUGGAGCAUCAUCCCCCGGGGAAACGUCGCCCGCUCUUGUAUUUAUAUCGCCUAAGCUCAAGGUCCUGCAGCGCAAACUCAGGUCCCCUGUUGCUUACCAAGAGGACUUUGCGUAUUAUACCAAGGUUGAGCAAUCAGAUUUGGCACCGACUUUGGGGGCUUUAUUAGGCUUUCCAAUUCCGCAGAACAACCUCGGUGCCUUCAUCGCUGACUUCCUCCCAUUCUGGACCAGCAAAAACGACCAAAUCCAGCUGCUCGUCCGCAACGCCCGGCAAAUCUUGAAAAUUGUCACUGCGACAUUUGGCACGAGCAUGUUUGACAUUGAGUCAUCUUCUUUGCAGCAAGCCUGCGCAAGUCCACAAGAUGAUGCGCAAAAGCUUGCCUGUGAGUGGCAUAAAGUCAAUGAUGGACUCAAAGCUAUGGGUGAUGAGGAAGAGCUGGAUCAAGCUUGGCUUCAGACCAUAUCCAAGGCUCGUAACCGUCUCUGCAUUAUCCUGCCUCGUAUAUUAACAAACAACAGUGGCUGA